GACAACAGCUUCGGCAUUGUUUCCAUCGAAAAAGAUAGAAUUAACAUGGUCUUUUCUGUGUCACGUCAAACAGCAGAAUUGUCGCUGUUGGUGUCCUUUGCGGCUUUCACGGUGUGUUGCGCCGGAUUGUUCGAGCGGAACAAUGAGACGCUAAUGGCUGACGAAACAUCCGGUGGAUUGGACACUGCUUCCAGUGAGUAUCGAGCCAGCGAAACACUUCUGCUGUGUGUUGCAUUUUUGAACAAGAUUUGGCUUGAAUUGCACCGGGUACUCAUUGCAAUCACUUAUUCUCCUUUGUUCACACACCCCGCAUCCAAAAUAAUGCGAAACAAAACACCACCAACCACGACUCGCAGUUCCUUUCCCCGGGGUCGGGUGGAUCGAUCGGAUGUCGAAGAAUGAUCCCGAUGCGUCAAUUACCUUAGCAGACGGAAGGACUUACCAAAACGCAUAUGCGGCUAUUCUAGACAACGACCCGCUGGGUAACCCUUGCCGUAAUUUUAAUGCUUGGGUCAACUCAAUUUUCUUUUCCAGCAAYGUCGCUGCGUGGUUCGUGCAUUUACUAAACGACAAUGUUGAGUACGCUCAUUACCUCCUGUGUUACCUACGAAACUUCAUCGCUGGCAUGUUCGUAUACUACGGAACUGCAGGUUCCUUUCACUACUUUUGUUACGUUCAUCCCAUGUCCAAAAAAACGUUCGAAGAACAAGGGAGAACACGACCCAGCUGGGAGACGAUCAAGGGCCAAAUAAAAUUGUCCCAAGCUUCCCUUACCAUCUACACAAUGCUACCCGUGUUUGACGAAUGGAUGAUCGAAUCUGGCUUGACGAAAGUUUACUUUACGGUGGAUGAAAUCGGUGGGUGGCUGCCUCACGUUGGGAUCAUGGCCUUYUACUUUGCGUGCGUCGAGAUCGGAAUUUAUUGGAUGCAUCGCACCCUUCAUACGAACAAGUUCCUUUAUAAGCACAUYCACUUGAAACAUCAUGAUUACAACAAACCCGAAACGCUGACCCCGUGGGCGUCGAUUGCCUUCCACCCGCUGGAUGGUAUUUUGCAAGCAAGUCCAUACGUUUAUCUCUUGCCCUUCAUCCCAUGCCAUUACAUGACCCACAUCUGCAUGGUCUUUUUCACCGCCAUUUGGGCAACUUAUAUUCAUGAUGCUAUGGACUGGAACGUGGACCCUAUUAUGGGAAGCAAGUACCACACGGUUCAUCACACCCACUACAUUUACAACUAUGGGCAGAUCUUUACUUUCUGCGAUCGGUUCUGGGGRACACUGAAGCUGCCGGAUGGACCCACAGGAAUGCAGAAGCCACGCACGGCCAAGAAAGUGGAUUAAUGCUGGUGAUUCRGACAGGGAAAAGACUCAAGAGUAGACUGGGAUGUGACAUGCCCUGUAGUAUUGAAUGUGAUUUCUGUCGAUAGAAGUGAUUUUGAAAUGUUAUCCUGUCGCCGAGUCUAUGUCUCUGUAUGAAGUGUCUUUUGAAAGCCACAUUAAUGUCAUCGAUAUAACUAGAUCCAACAGUUUCAACGAGCGCUGAAUUAGAAUCACAAUUGAGUCAGUUAUAUAGAAAUCACCAAUAAAUUGAGUUCCAUCCAACUUUGCAGGUGCAAACCGGACAAUUAUCUGUCAAAUGGUCGUUUUCAAUUUUACUGCUGAGAACUUUUGCGUCAAUAGCUACUUGCAGAUAACAU